CGCCCCCUCCCCUUAUAUGGUAUCAGCCAAUCGGCUUCCGCCGCGCAGCUGCGUAGCUCUUAACAGCAGACCAUCGGGUCGGAUCCCUCACUCUGCGUGCUUGGUUUGGUCUUUGGGUGGCAUUGCUGCGUGCUGAAGUGCUACAAAAUGACUUUGCAGGAAGAGUUUGAGCAGUUGGCUGAGGAUGUAAAGAACGUGAAGACGAGGCCGGACGAUCAGGAGCUGUUGGAUAUGUAUGGGCUGUACAAGCAAGCCAUCGUAGGGGACAUAAACACAGAGAAACCGGGGAUGUUGGACUUAAAAGGCAAAGCGAAGUGGGAAGCCUGGAGCUCCAGGGCAGUGAGGCCCUUUGCCACGGAGGAGGAGUUCCGAGCAACUAAGGGGAUCGUGAAACGUUUUGGGGAGGGGCUUGGGAAAGACCUGCAUCAGCAACUCCUGCAGAGAGCCAGAACCAGGCGAAAUUGGUUGGAGGAAUGGUGGCUGAACACUGCCUACCUGGAGGUCCGUAUGCCCUCCCAGCUGAAUGUGAACUUUGCUGGUCCAGCCCCAUACCUGGAACACUGCUGGCCUCCGCAGGACGGCACGCAGCUGGAGCGGACCAGCCUGGCUACGUGGUACACGCUGCAGUACUGGGAUCUCAUCCGCACAGAGAAGCUGGCUGUCCAGAAGGUGGGGAGCGUCCCUCUGGACAUGGACCAGUUCCGCAUGCUCUUCUGUACCUGCAAAGUUCCUGGGGUCGACACAGACACCAUUCACAACUACUUCAAGACUGAGAGCGAGGGGCUGUGCCCCUCCCACCUCGUGGUCAUGUGCCGAGGCCGGAUCUUCGCCUUUGACGCCGUGUACGACGGACGCAUCCUCACGCCCCCAGAGCUGCUCCGGCAAUUAAGCUACAUCAAGGAGAUGUGCGAGAGGGAGCCAGAAGGUGAGGGGGUCUCGGCCCUGACCACCGAGGAGAGGACUCGCUGGGCCAAGGUGAGGGAGUAUCUCAUCUGCAUUGACCCCAUGAACGAGGCCGUCCUGGAGACCAUUCAGAGCAGCCUGUUCGUGGUGUCGCUGGACGAGUCGCGGCCCUACUCCUCUCCUGAGAACUACACCGCGAUGACAUUGGCAGCCCUGACGGGAGACCCUACAGUUCGCUGGGGAGACAAAUCCUACAACUUCUUGUGCUUCGCGGAUGGCACCUUCGGGUCCAACUGUGACCAUGCCCCUUAUGAUGCCAUGGUGCUGGUGUCCAUGUGUUACUACAACGAUCAGAAGCUGAAAGCCUGUGGGGGAGUCUGGAAGGGCUUGGAGAUUGUCCGGGACGUCCCAUUACCGAAGGAGCUCGUCUUCACGCUGGAUGACAGAGUGAGAGGGGACAUCGCAUUGGCCAAGCAGCACUAUCUGGAAACUGGCAGUGACAUCCAGGUGCUCUGCUACGCUUUCACAGCCUUCGGCAAAGCGGCCAUCAAGCGCGGGAAGGUCCACCCAGACACCUUUGUCCAGCUGGCCCUGCAGCUGGCCUACUUCCGGCUCCAUGGGAGGUCGGGCUGUUGCUAUGAGACAGCCACCACUCGGCGUUUCUAUCAUGGCCGCACGGAGACCAUGAGGCCCUGCACACUGGAGGCGCAGCAGUGGUGCCAGUCCAUGGUGGACCCCACAGCCAGUAUGAGCACCAGGCGGAAGAAGCUUCUGGAAGCAGUCAGCAAGCACAACAGGCUGAUGAAAGAGGCCCAGGAUGGAAAGGGUUUUGACCGGCACCUUCUGGGCCUAUAUCUGACUGCCAAAGAGAUGGGGCUUUCUGUACCAGACCUCUACAAUGAUCCACUGUACUUCAGGAGCGGCGGAGGGGGGAACUUUGUCCUCUCGACCAGCCUGGUGGGUUACACCACCGUGAUUGGUGCAGUCGCCCCCAUGUUGCAUUACGGCUACGGGUUCUUCUACCGCAUCAGAGAUGACAGGAUUGUGGUGUCCUGCUCGGCCUGGAAGUCCUGCCCUGACACCGAUGCAGAGAAGCUCUUCCAGAACCUCAGCGUGGCCUUCCAGGACAUGCUGCACCUCACCACCCUGUCUCAGCUCUAGACCCCGUGAACCCCCUUCUCUUGCAAUCAAAGCAACCAUCAAUGCAAAACUUAAUCACGCAAUAACAAUGCAGAUCCCUGCCUUCCCUAUUCCUUUCCCAUUCUUGUCCCAGCGUAAUGUACAGCUUCACAUACUAGAGUCUCCUUUGAGCCAGUAAAGAGUCUCGUGUCGGCGUAUUAAACAGUAUGGGAAGCCAGUCACUUCCAGUAAUGGCAUCGGCAUUAUUACGGGCGUGAUGAGAACAUCGAGUGUGUUGCGUUUUCUCUCCGCCGUGGUGUGUGUAUUUCUCCUAGAAAACAGUAUUGAUCUGAGAUACAGCGUUAGAAACAUAGCUGUUUAAAUUUUUUAAAAGUAGUAAUUAAUAUCUGAUUUUUUACUUUUAAUGGUCUUUAAUGUGAGGGGAUGAAUGGCAAGCAAGCAAUGCUUGCAGGGACCUCGGAUUGAGGGAGUGACGGUCGGCAGGCCGAAGACCUCGCUAGGCUGUAAAGGGUUGCAGCGCAGCUGACUCGCAUCAGGGAAACUGCGUGACACCGCCGGAUUGCUAAUGGCCUGUAGGGGUCGCUGUUUUCCAGCACCAGCAACUCCACUGUUGGCCUGCUUUAGUGCACUCUACGAAAUCUGCGAUGGGCUCUGCAGGAGGUAGUGAUGAGCAAAUUAAGCUUCAAGAACCAUUUGCUGUAUUGUCUGACCCCACUAGAUGGUGCUCUCUGUUCAAAAGGGCUCAAGACAUGUCCCAAAGCAAACCAAGAGUGCCACCUUGUGGGGUCAAAAAAUACAGCAAAUGGUUCAUGAAGGUUGUUUUGCCCAUCACUAGCUGGAGGAUAGGAGUAACCCAGAGCUUUAGGUCUUGAUCUCUGGAUGUUUCUCACUAUCCCCUGCUUCCUCGUUAGUCGCCCCUUAUGAGCACUUACAGUAGCAAUGCAAUGACUGUCUGAAACCGAAGGACCAGCGAUGAUUUCCUUUAACUGCCAGGUAGGUUCCGAGCUGUUUGAUCAACCUUCUCACAAACCUGUAUCAAGCAUCAGCGUUUGACUGAAAUGUAGAAAUGCAGCAGUGAUGGCAUUUAUGUACCAGGUUUUAACUAAAAUAAUAUUUUCUAAAGAAAAACGAUUUGGAAAAAUUCUUUUGUGUGAUUGAUAAAGAUUAUCAUUGCAUGGUCUCUAUACAUGUAAUCAUGUAGGUGAUGGGCUGUAAACAUUUCUGUGAUUCAGAGCAUGUCUGUAAAGAGGAAAUGCUGAAUUAUUUAGCAAUAAAGUGCUUUUAAAGUUGA